CCGUCGCCGCCGCGGGCGAGCUGCUUAUCUGUAGUGGGGAAUGCAGUUGGCGGCUUACAGGGGGACAGCGAUGGGCACCUACUCGGACCUGCCGUGCCUCACGGUGCUCGCCAUGUACGUGGUCUCAUCAAGCAUCCUCACGUCCAGCGGCAUCGCCUCGACACACUGGAAGCUCUACGAGCCCGAAGGUUUGGUGAGGCCCAAAGAUGGAGGCGACCAGCAAUAUACACUCCUGGACGACGACGAGACAGAUUGGGAGGGCCCGGGCGGUGACCCCAUCAUGAUGAUGAUGAUGAGCGGGCGGACGAAGACGGGGGGUGCGCGAGAACAGCAGCCUUACAGCGCUUGCGCUCGGCAGAGGAGAGCGAGCACGAGUCACGGCGAGCAGCAGAGGCGGCGCGACUCGGACGAGGGGCUGCUGACGUGCGGCACGCCCGUCAACCUGACGCAGCUUGACCACCUGGAGGGCGUCUCGCGCCGCCACCUCCUCGCCUUCCUACCCGAGCCCGAGGCGGCACUGCUGUUCACGGGCUCGGAGGACGGCGGUCACGUGGACGAGGUGGCGCUCGAGAGGGACCUGCGGCAGGCCGUCGCACAGCACGGCCGCGAGAAGCAAUCGCCGUGCACGAUGGCCUCACUCUUCCGGCAAAUCGGCAACUACUGGCGCCUCAAGGGGAAUGCAUACCACGCCAUCGAGUGCUUCCGCAAGGCGCUGGCGCUGGCGGGAGAGCGGCCGGACGUGCUGCUCGACCUGGCGCGCCUCCUCUUCAGCCACCAGUUCAGCGCGGACGGCAUCGAGCUGGCGCGCCGGGCGCUGCACCUACAUCCGCCCGACCAAAGCGCGUGGCUCCAGCACCUGACGCUCGGCGAAAUGCUCAAGGCGGUGGGUGACGUGACGGGCGCGAGCGUCCACUUCCGCCAGGCACUGGACCUCAACCCCGGCUCGUCGAGGGCCGCUUCCGAGCUGGCGUCUCUCCCCGGCUCGUGGGCGUCGGCGUCGAGGGCAGCCGGCGGCUGCGGCGGCGCCGGCGGCGCCGGCGGUGCCGGCGGCGCCGGUUCCCCCGUCACGGCGUACACGCUCGUGCUCAUCGUGGGGCUGGUUGCCGGCGCGCUCCUCACGCUCCGCCAGACGGUGGCGGCGGCCGGCGGGCGAGGUGCCGAAGUGUCGGGGGCGGCUGCCGCUGGGGGGGCCGCGGCCGUCGGGGCUCCGGGGGAGGCCGGCGGCGGGACGUCGGGCGGAGGGGCGCUCAGGAAGACGCUGCGGCAGGUCGACUGGCAAAGGAGCCGCAUCGCGACCCCGUCGCGGGUCAUCCGCUUCAAGAAGGUCAACCACAGUUGAGGUGUCGGCGGGGGAAAAAUAACGACGAUUUGUAUCAUUUGUAAUUGUUUUGAGAUGGGGGUGGAGGAGGCGGGGGAGGGGGGGGUGUAUAGGGGUGGGGGAGGUGUGGAAUUCACACAAAUUUAUAUGUUACUUGCAAAGGACUUCCGGCAACACAGUCGCAUGAUGUCGACCCCCCCCCCCCACCGCCGCACGUUCAUGAACGUACCCGAGGCAUUAUUUAAAAAGCAAUCUCAGCCCUCAGAUCGGAUCCCCCCGUAGCCCAGUCUCCUUCCAUCCCCUGUGACUCAUGUUCACAGCUGACUUAACUCAUUGUUGUCGGCCAGCGCUAAAACUUUCCAACUGGAUCGGGUUGUCCGGAGUUGGACUUACAAUCGUAGAGGUGAUAGCCACAAAAUGCAAGCUGCUGGUUGUCAAUGCCUAAAGCGACAGACUGUUAUUUGAACCAAUGCAGCAUUGCAUUGUCGUACUUCCAAGUUUUGCAAUAAAUUUGUUCAGGGGCAUUAUCAACCAAUAUGCCUCCUGAAAUAAUAUUGUUUUCAGUAGAUUUCAUAGUUGUGACUGCAACAAGUCUGACAAUCAGCCAGUCUGUCUUUGCACGUACACGUUUGGACAUGUGUAUGAAAUGUUUCUAAACAUAUCAUUUGUUAACGGAAUAGCGAUACGUAUACAUGGUACAGUUUUUAUUUUGACAGCAUCUAAAUACAAGAAUAUCUUUUCUGCUGAGUUUCUUCUGAUUUAAACGCAAGUUCCACUUUGAGAUGACACUGUGGAUUAAAAUUGGCUACUGAAUUAGUGCAAUAGGAGAAGUUUAUAUUGUGAGUUGUAUACAUAUCUAAUCCUUGUUAAAUUGCACAAAUCUCUUUUUAUUAUAGUACCUUGAAAAUUAGCGACACUGGAAAGCAAAAGCAAGUGAUGUCAUUUUUUGCAAAUGUUUUUUUGCGUGACUUGGUGCACAUUUCUGCAAAAGUGAACAUGUUCUUCCCAUCAUACAUGUUAAUGUGGAACUUUAAAAAACAUGAAACAGACGUAACCAAUAGACACCAUGUCACAAGAGUGUAAUAAUCUUAUUACGUUGAGAUUUUAUAAUGUAAAAGUCCACAAACAGCCACUGUCCCUGAUUUGAAUUGAAUGUGUGGACUAAAUUUUUUAAAGAUAUAUUUUGAAUGCGCUUACACUCAGCCAUGUGUUAAGAUGCCAAGCUGAUAUUCUCACUCAAUUCACAGUUUUGGUUUGUCUCGGAACAACCAAUAAUUGUAUGGAACACACGCACGGUUCAUAAACCGCUUUAAUAAUUGCUGUGAAUGCCCAUGAAUGACCACUUAAGUAUGAAUUAACAUUGCUUAAAUUGUGCAUCAUAAAGUGCUCAAUUAGCUAAAAGCAUGUAAAAAAUCUUGAAUACCACGUUAACAUUGCCACUACCGUACCUAUUGCAUUUUACACACUUGCAUCAAGCCAUUCAACAACAUCACCUGUGUUAAAAUAAAACGUGUCCUUUAAGAACAAUAUCGGUGACAUCUUUCCAUCCGGUGAAAUAAUCUGCAUUGUUAAUGUAAGAGGUGAAUCAAUACUGGACUCUGUUUUUGCAAUAAUGUUCAUUAACUGGAGGGCAUCGUUAAAAUAUUUGACAGUUAGAACCUCAGGGCUUUGAACACCAGCCUAAUUUGUCAAUUAUUUUGAAACCUAUUUUAUCAUAGUAUGUCCAUACCUCAAACACUCCAUGUCAGGUCGGCAUGACCAUGUGUUUUGGUGGUGUUUUUGUUCUUUCGGAGGACUCGCAUGAACAAAAUGCCUUGUUUUCUUUUCUCCAUUUUAAGAUCCGUUCCUCGUGUAGUAUAACGUCUUCCAUUGCGGGUCGUUCAUUGAAAAAAAAACAUUUGGCCACAAAUCCGUGUGCUCCGUUCCUCUUGUGUUCUACUGCGGUGUUACGUUCGUAAGGCCACGAAACACACCUGGCAAGGCAGUACGUUGUUGGUGUUGAGAAACUGUCCGCGAUUUAAAGAGUGGUGCUCGCCAUCAUCAUAACAUGCACUUUGUGAAUCGCAGCACUGCAGUAAGACGAUUACUCGUUCAUCGUUUAUUGUUUCAUUCCAUUGCAUUGUGACCGCUCAAUUGCAUUGAAAAAAGGAAAGGGGAAAAAAAUUGCACUCCAAUAAAAUGAAAGCAUAA